CAAAACAGAGAUCGUAUUCGUAUUCAUAAGAAAAGUGAGACGGGAACAACUACGUUCGCACAUUCCCAAUCCUCCUAUCGCAUCUCCAUUUUUCCCUCCUCUUCCUUUCCCACAUCUCCUUCCCGUUCUCCAUCAUAACAACACAAACUGUAUUACCAUUUCUUUCAAAAUAAAUCCUAACCCUAACCCUAACUGCGACAUUCCGAGCACUCCAAUGCCAUCUUCUCUGUUGUGUAGGAUUUGAUUUGGUAAAUGUAAGAGGACAUGUGGUGAUUGCUUUGCGGAAGGUUUUGUUUUUGUUUUAUCAAAUGGCGGAAUAUGCAGCUUCAUCCUCAUGCAUCAAGCCGCAUUUGCACCCAAGUUUUCUUAAGCAGAGAGGAUUUGUGCAUCCUAAUUUGAAUUUUAGGACGCCGCUGAGCAAGUGUUCCUAUAGAAGCUGUAAAGUUUCCUGGCUUUCAAGAUGGAAAAAUCACAACGCUGACAAUCCAUUUAUCUCGUAUUUGAAAGUAAGUCCUUGCUUCAGGGAGACGUCCUUGAGGUCUACUUGCAUGUGGUCUUUAGUGGACUCUGAUGGUAUAACAGCCUCUAAUUGGAUUCCUUUCGGUGAUCAAGUACUUUUGAUGGCUAGUAUAUUUCUUGCAUAUCUGGCCGGAGUAAUUCCUGUUCAAAAGUCCAGUUCCCCAUCUCAAAAGAAUAUAGCUGAUGAUGAUGCCUUUCCCAAAAGCUCAACCUCUUCUGGUAGUGCCGGGACGAACUGUGACCAAAAUAAUUUGAAGCAUGCCUGGGAUGUAGUAAGAGGAAAACUUUUGGAUUCUCUAGACAGUAUUGAACGUGGGAGUGAUUUCAGAAUUGGAGUUCUUGAUGAGCAGCAACUUGCUAAGCGACCAUUAAGUUUGUAUGCUGUAUCUGAAGGUCCAAAGAUUAGAUUGCUUUGGGCUUCUCUUCGCCAACUUGAGGAAGAGGUGAAAAACAAUGUUGGUACUUCUGACACUGGCAAUAUGGAUGAUUGGUUGAUAGCCUUUUCCAGAAUUAUUCAAAAAUCCUGUAAGCCGGUAUGCUUUGCUUGGUUGGAGAAGGAACUUGGACUCGAAAGCAAUAAUAUGGAACUUGUUUCUCUGAUAACUGAGAAGUUAAAUGGAGACGACACAGUUUUACAAAAUAUUAGAAAGUCGGGGAAGGAAAAUCUGUAUGCAGAGAUGUUGUAUUUUCUUAGAUUUGGUUCUUUAAGGAAGGGUUGCUGUUAUGACCAAAGCUUGUUUACUUUAUAUGGGGAUUCCAUACUAGAAGAUUUGGUAAUAACUUUAGCAGAUGGGAUAGCAAGCACUUAUUUGGAGCUUAUUUCUGUUGAUGGCAAUUUGUCAGAUGAAGUGAAUAGUCUGGGUUUAGCUAUCUGUAAUUUGUCUACUCGUGCACUUCAAAGGUUGCGCAAUGAGGUCGCUUUAAACCAGUGGUGGUAUCAAAAUCUGGAGGCAAUUGUAUCGAUGUAUGAGGAUCGCUUUGACCUCUACACACUUAAGAGCCAACUCAUUGAGGAUAAAAGCAGUGACGACACUGAAACUUAUAGUUGGUGGAAGAAGUUUACCCUAAGAAAAUAUGAAAGUUUGUCACCUUCAUUACAUUAUGUUCUGAUAAGCCAUUUCUCUAUGUCUGUAAAACGCACCAAGGAAUUAAGAGCCUUAACAGGGUGGAGGUACUAUUUCAGCCUACUCCUUGAGUUUUCCGACAUUAGCAUGCCUAUAGUUAGAGCUAUUAUCAACAAAGUCAGCAGUGCCAUCUCAUUCUUUCUAGUUUGCUUGAUUGGGAGGUCAUUAGGACUCAUCUAUACAGGAAUUAGGCAGUCCCUCAAAUGGAAGUGAGAUGUAAAUGGUACCUUUUUCAUUUUGUUUGUCGCAAAUUUCUAUUACGUUCAUUUUUACUUGAUGUAGCAGUCCAUAGGAAUGUAAUCUGUGCGUCGUUACAAUGGGACUUUUCUUAUUUUUGCCUUUGUUCUACCUGAUGCUUCUCUAAAUCUUUUGGUCAAUAAAUUGUCAAGUUGAUUCAGCUCUUUGUUAA